GGGGCCGGGCCGGGCCUGUGUGCCGCCGGAUCCGCUCCGCAUCGGGCUCCCUCCUCGGAGCACAGGCAAACCGCGGCCCCGGGCGGCAGGUGCUCUCCAUCACUGUGUGUUUACUGCAUAGAGGGUCUGAAGCCCACCUCAUCAGUGGAUGUUAAGUCUCCCAUCUGAAGGCAGGUCAAUUUGAUUCCUUGCAACCACUUAGGGUUGUGGUUGGUGAAUGUAUUUGCCUCACUAUCUCUACAGUAAUGGUGUGUCAAGGACAGAUGUGAAGUAGCUCCUUCCCUGGAUAUUGAUGUGGUACCCUCUAAACGUAUCACGACGCCUCAGGCCCAUCAGCAGCACAGGGUAUGGAGGCUCUUGAGGUUGAUGACAUUAGCCCUGCCUUGGAAGUGACUGAAGACUUUUUCAAUAGUUUUGAUACUAAGCUUGAAAAGAUUGUUCAGUCCUCUGAGGUAUACGGUGUGCAGGAGGUCCCUGAACUGGUUGGGCAUGAGGUAUUUGAUCAGAUAACAGAGAGCAGGAACCUGAGGAACGUUGCCUCCUUAGCUAAAACUAGCCUCAUCUGGGAUCACUGCAAAAAUGGCCUCUUGGAAACCAAAGCUGAGAUGGCAUUCCCUGCCAAAGACCAGCAUGUGGUGCAGAGGAGAAGAGCUGCUGACAACCUUGCUUGGGCAGAGGAAGGGGAGACUGCCACUUUUAAUGUCUUCAAUAUCUGCCAGCGGAGGAGAGACAGGCCUCACUCAGUGAGUGACAUUCUGGUGCAGAAUGAGGAAGCCUCCACAUUCAAGCCAGGACACAACAGGUCACGCUCUGACAUCAGCCAUGUAAAUUGGGGGUUUGUCUUCACAGGCACCUCCCUGCAGCAGCCACCUGUGCCUGGUCAGGACAAUAACUGCACCCUGCUUUCUUACCUGGCCUUAGCCAAGGGACAGGACAUCCAAGGAAACACAGAACACAAGACGGUGUUCCCAAAUAUUCUGAAGAAGGGAUACUUAGAAAUUAGAAGAAACAAUGACAGCUACUGGCAAGCCUGUUACGCUGAGCUCUCCCCAUACAAACUGUACCUGUAUUGCUUGGACAGCAGUGGCAACCAGGCUCUUCCCACUGUGUAUCCGCUCAUGCAUUUUCAAAGGGUCACUGUUACUGGUUGCAUUGAAACCAAGGUGGUGGAUGCCGUCCUGUCAGACAACUCACAGCUACAGCUGAAGGCAGAGUCCUCAUGGGAAGCUUUGGACUGGGGACAGAAACUCUGGGAAGUGGUGAGAGCUUCUGUGGCUGCUUUCACAAGACAGCAGGAGAAACUGAAUGUGCCAAAGCCUGAAAAUAACAGUGACCUUUCACAAACCAAUGGAUUACUAGAGAAGCCUAUGGAGCUCUUCCUGACCAUGAACUUGACUGAAAACACUAAAGAGUACCAAAAUAUUCUCAAAUCAGGGACUCUUUAUAGGUUAACUGUCCAGAAUAACUGGAAGGCAUUUACUUUUGUCUUGAACAGGUCUUACCUCAUGGCAUUCCAGCCGGGUAGGCUUGAUGAAGAUCCUUUGCUGAGCUACAAUGUCGAUGUGUGCCUGUCGGUCCAGACAGAUACUCAGGAUGGCUGUGACUCUUGCUUUCAGGUAAUUUUUCCUCAAGAUGUCCUCCGCCUACGUGCAGAGACCCGUCAGAGGGCCCAGGAGUGGAUGGAGGCACUGACAGUAGCAGCCAAUGCUACUAGAAGUUUAACUCAGAACCCACAAGUCACACUUAGGAACAAACCUGGAGAUCGGCUGUUUGUAAAAGAUCUUAGAAAGAGCAAGCGCCAGUCUGUGACCACCAGCUUCCUCAGCAUCCUUACCACACUGUCUCUAGAGAGAGGGCUCACAGUUCAGAGCUUCAAGUGUGCAGGCUGUCAGCGUUCCAUAGGCUUGUCCAAUGGAAAAGCCAAGGUGUGCAGCUACAGUGGAUGGUAUUACUGCAGCACCUGUCACGUGGAUGACAGCUUCCUCAUCCCUGCACGGCUCGUUCAUAACUGGGACACUUCCAAGUACAAGGUGUCAAAGCAAGCCAAAGAGUUUCUGGAAUAUGUUUAUGAGGAGCCAUUGAUUGAUAUCCAGCAGGAAAAUCCUAUGUUGUACAAGCAUGCUGAACCUCUGGCAACUGUUGUCCGCCUGAGACAGCAGCUAAAAUCUCUCCGAGCCUAUUUGUUCAGCUGCAGAGCAGCAGUGGCUGAAGAUCUGCGUAGAAGGAUCUUUCCCAGAGAGUAUCUUCUCCAGCAAAUCCAUCUUUAUUCUCUCGCAGACCUUCAGCAGGUUAUUGAAGGAAAGCUGGCUCCUUUCUUGGGGAAGGUGAUCAAGUUUGCCACCUCUCAUGUGUACAGCUGCAGCCUUUGUAGUCAAAAGGGUUUCAUCUGUGAAAUUUGCAACAAUGGAGAAAUCCUUUACCCCUUUGAAGACAUUUCUACAAGCAGGUGUGAAAGCUGUGGUGCUGUCUUCCACUCUGAGUGCAAAGUGAAGGCUGUACCAUGCCCCAGGUGUGUGCGUAAAGAAUUGCAGAAGAAGCAGAAAUCCUUCUGGAGGCAACUGAAUAUGGAUGAAAACUUCGAAGAGUCUUGCAACAUGUUUGAGUUGUCAUAUCAGAACACAUGAGUUCCUUAAGGCAGUGGCCUUGAGAGAAUCCCUUUCCCAGCUGCCAGCUCAAGCAACUUCUCACUUUAGCCAGGAGGAAAUCCUUUUUGCAAAAUAGUCUUCUUCAUCUGUGAAUAGCAGCUGCCAAAGUGGCCAUAAAGCCCUGUUGGCUUUGAAAUACCAAUGGCUAAAAUGCAUUUUGCAUUUUGUCCUGCCGCUAGCUCUUGUACAAAAUGUGGUUUACUUGAAAUACUUUAGGUCUAGCUAAUUAAGCACCCAGCUUUUUCUUUUCCACCUCUGGAGAAGACUUUUCCUCAAGGCAGAAAGUAUUUGCUGCCAUGACCACAUUAUUUUGUAUGUUGUUCGUUUAGAAUUGAUGAAUCAUCUACUUAUUUAUUUGUAUUAUUUAUUUAUUAUUAGCUUUGGCAGAGGUUCUGGUGAAGUGUUUCACAGAACCCAAUAAGGCAGGAAUUAUUUUAAACCCAUCUGGUCCUGAUGUGGUUCCAUUUUCUCAUGUUUCCAGAGAGCUAUUUUUAAAGGAUCAAUGCAUUUACACAUCAGUCCUCCCUGAGGAAAGAAAAGUAUCUCCCAUCAAACCUUAUUCAGGGUGCUUGCAAACUUAAGAUGCAGAAUAAUUCCUUCAGCUGUGUUUAUAUAUUUAUAACCACCCCAGUGAUCUAUUCCCCAUGCAGAUAAGCAGGGGACUUGCUACUGUUUUUGUUCAGACUGGAUGUAUCAGUCAACCUUUGUCACUGAAGUCCAUUGAGUUUUGCACUGGUUAUUCUUGACCUGUGUGAGGCUAUGUCCUUGUCUCCAAUACCAUGAUGUUGGUUCUGACCUCUGGCUAGUCUCACAUUUUAAGACAUUUUAAGUGUCAACAUUGGUUUUGUUUUUAUUUUCUGAAGUUUACUUUAAGUAUUUCUCUAACCUGAACCUGGUAGACUGAUAGUCAGGAACGUGGUCCACAUUAGUUAGACAAUUCGCCAAAAAACAAAACUCUAGUUUGCUCUGUUCUGCUGUGUCCUGCAUCCUCUGCAAGCUCUAAGGGAUUUUAUACUUCUGUAGUGACUUCUGUGGUGGAGAGUCAAGUUCCUCGAGGUGAAGCUCCACAUACCUGGAACACAGAGAAGUAUGAAACAUGAUGAAUUACAUAUAUUGUGAAAGGGGACUACAUGAUGGACUUAACUGGGGACAUGUGUGUCAUCACUGCAGUAUGUUUAAUUCAUGCAGAUUUACCUCCAGUGAGCACGCAGAGAUCCUCCUCCCUCCAGUCCACAUUCUUAACUGUUUUUCUGGACCCUGCAGGAAUGUGUAUGUUAGAUACAUAUGAAAGCAUUCACAUAUAUGCACAGUCACAUGCAUGUGUGUUUUUUUCCUCUCAGUUUGUGAAAAUGCAGAAUACUGAUCUUUACUUCCCAAAUAGUCUGCAGCCUAUUGUGUUCAAAGCAGAAAGCAGUUUUGAUCAUCUUGCUAAUUGCUGAAGUAUUUUAAAUAAAAGGAACAGGGUACAUGCUUACAUUAAAAGGUAGAAUGCUACAACAAAUUGUCUUGUACUGGAGUGUAGGUAGUUACCCUUUCCAGUCUCCAGUCCAAAAAAAGUAGCUGAAUCUGAGCUUUCUCAAAUUUGACUGCAACUACUAUAUAUAUAUAUAUAUAAGCAUGUUUAUAUCUGUAUAUGUUAGACAACCAGUGCCUUUUCCAGAAGUCCUUCUCACAGUGGGAUUCUUUGGAAGUUAGGGUUUUUCCAUGUUCUUGACAAAGCGUUGUAAGGAUUCCCAUAUUUAAUAAACCUGGUGAAUCAUACACCUUUGUCACUAAAGUUAAUACUUCCCCUACAGGGAUGUCUCUGUCUCAGCUCACUGUUCCUCAUGUGAAAUGAGUUGCUUUCAACUAUCAUACAUAAAGAUAUAAUGUUCCUUGCAAGUCCAUUCCCAUGUGAAGAAUUCUCUGCAUGUUCACAAAUGCAAACACUGGGGAAAUAUUGUGGAAUUAGUCAUGCAAACAGGAACUGCAGUGGUACUGGCUGAAUAAACAGUACGCUCCCAUGUUUUUCAGCAUGUGUCACUACAACUAGCCCUGUGGUGAAGUCAGUAGCACUCAAACUGUCAGAAUCUGGCAGGUACUAUUUUGAAUUAGCUCUAGAUGUAAUGGUGGGUCAUUAAAGGCACAAAGGUGGUGUUUUUCUUAUCAUCAUUGCUCUGGUGUUUGGGAUACUUAAUAGCACUGGUUCACAUCUGGCUCAGUUCAGAGAAGGCUGCUUGUAUGAACUCUCAGAAGCCCUAUGGAAUCAAGGUUCAGACAUUCCAAACUCUUGGUUACUUUGACACAUACCUCCAGUACCAGUUGUUUGGGAGAUUAGAUACUCUAGUUGAAUUCUGGGAUAACAGCAUAGACAGCAUUGGAGUUACUCUGGGGGUCAUACAGGAAUUACAGGACAGUUUAUUUUGCUAGCAGAUAUUUACAGAAAAAAAAAAGAACAUGAUUUUGGCAAAACCUCUGGAAUUAAUCAUGGGUCAUGGGAACCACAGCCAUUGCUAAUGACAAAGGGCAAAAGCACCUUGUUAACAAUAUGCUGGCAGGGCCCAAAGCUUUAUGUAAAGGAAUACUGUACAAAGUAAAUCAGAUCAAUUUUUGUUUUAAUCAAAUGUUGUUAUAAGCAAGCCAGUUCCUAAAAUGGAUAUAUAUGCAUUUCUACCUUGGAAAAGUAAUACAGCUUCUUGUGGUAGCUAUAGGAGCAGACUGUAAUGUGGAAGAUGCUUUCCUCUCAGGGAUACCUGGCUCCUAUGCAAAAAAAGUUACUCCAUAUGAACAGGUAUGAUAAGGUUUUCUGUCACUGCCUUUCAUAAACAUAAUGAAAGGCCUGAUCCUGCCCCCACAAGAUGCUGAUGCAGUUGGAACAAAUCCUGUUUGUUUUUGAGGUCUGGAAGGCAAAAGAAUAAACUGAAACUACUGCUUCCGUUACUAACUUUCAGAAGACCCAGCUCUGAAAGGAUUCAGCCUGGGAUUCUGUAGGUGAUUUGGGCUCAAAACAACACUGUACCCUUGUGUCGUUGUCCCUGCUGUACUAACAGUGCUGCGUGCUGAUCCUGCUACUCUUUUUCCCAUUCUGCAGCCCACAUCCUGCAUGUGGCUCUGCUCUGCAGACUUCUGGGUGGCAUCAGCUGGAAAAGUACCUGGGGUCUUUCUCGAUUGCACAGCUCUCUCCC